GGCUGCAGCGGAACCGCCGCGUCCCAGUGUAUAAAAUGACUGCAAUAACUUCUGCAAGAGGAAAUACAGAAGUGGUCACUGUCAGAAGAACGGAAGCACAUGAUGUUUCUGGUAUUAUCAGUCUCAUCAGCUAUUUUACUGAAAAAACUUUUGGAAGGAUUAAUGUCAUCUAUCUUUUAGAAAAAGCUAACCUUGCUGUGACACUCAGCAAGAAGAAUGAGGUUUUUGCCCAUGCUGUAUUUUUGGACUAUCCAAAUUGGAAUAUUGUUGAUCAAGCUGAUUGGGAAUCAUUCUUACAUGAAAACUACAGUGAUAAAAAGUGCACACCUCUGAAUACACUGUUUAUGCAUCUUUUUGUGGCAAAUGAUGAAUAUGCGGUUGGAUGUGCCCAAGAAAUCAUUAGGACAGUUUUUAAUGCAGUACCAGAAGUGCACUUUAUUCUUCUUUUCGUACCAAGUCAUGUGGAUUUAGGCCCAGGCUUAGGAACUUUUUUUGAGCGGAUGAUGAGUGUUCCAGGUUCGACAAUUGAUGUGGACUUUACUUUGUUUGUGUGCCACAGGCACCAACAUUGUCCCCAGCUGUACAUUCGCAAAGCAAGGGUGGAAGACCAUGAUGAUCUCAUGCCUAUCUUCAUGCACCAGAAUGAAAUUCUGAGAGAAACCUAUGGAGAAUACUUCCUUGCAGAACUCAUAGACGCUCAAGAUGAAAAAAAUCAUGCUGUUGUUUGUGAGGAUGAUGGCACUGCAGUAGGUUUCAUGAGUGUGUGCUCUGAAGUGAAUAUACAAUUGCUUCAUGACUGUUUUGACCUGGGGCCUUUCCAUGGUCUCUGCAAACCACAUCCUGAUGAUAUUCUCAAACUACCACAGGAGCCAAGUAUUGAAACAGAUGAAGAAAAAAGCAGCCAAACAAGUCAAGAAGCCGAAUCUGUUUUAUCUCAAAACUCUGAAUGUAUUAGUGCCCAUGAUAUGGAUAUUCAGAUGGACACUAAAACUGAAGAUGUCCUUCCCCAAACCUUGGAUAUUGCCACCUCACAUUCUACAACAGAAAGUGUCCAGAAUAAUGUUUCAGAGAAGGAGGGCGUAAACAUUGUUUCCAAUGCUGAAUUGCCAAUAGAUGAUGUCAUAGGCACAGAUUUGAAAGCCGCUGGGACACCUACCUUAGAGACUGACGAGAGAGAUUCCUUUCAUCCUAUGUACAGAGGAGCUGUAACUGCUUUCUGUAUUCAGCUAUUCUGUAUUGAUGAAAAACAUGAAACAAGGUCACUGGAUUUCUUGCAAUAUGUUUUCAAGCUCUUUCCAGACAAAGACUUUUGCAUCAUCACAGUGCCACAUCUUGUACCAGAAUUCCUUCUGAUCCAGAAUUUUGUUCGAGUUAAUCCUUCCAGCCACUCCACUCUUGAUCAUGAGCUCUAUGUGUUUCACCGUGCAGGACUGCUCAAGUCAUUUAAGGUAAGAGCAGCAACAACUAGUGAUACACCUGCUGUUGAAAUGCUCAUCAAAACCCUUGACUUGAGUGAAAGUAUACUGGAUGACUUAAAGGUCUUCACUCAGGCUCGCAGAGAUCCAGAUGGGACACCAGUCCAGGCAUUUGUAGCAGAAGUUUUGGAUCAGAUAGUUGGCAUUUCUGUUAUUAAAAAUGAAAUGGAUAUUGAAUAUAUCCGUUCACAUUACAACCUUGAAGAUUUUAUUUACUUCAAUCAUCACCAGCAGGAGGAACAUGGCCAUCUGUACCACUUUGCUCUAAAUCCCAUAUUCCAUCACUAUACCAAAUAUUUUCUGAAAGAGAUCCUUCGCUUAGCCUACAAGUCUUGCCUCUACUACCCUAUUUAUCCACAGUCUGUGGACGGCGAGUUUCAGAAUCCCUAUGCCCAUUCCCUGACAUCUGCCCUUCAUUACAUGGUUCCCGUGCGACCAAGACGACAGAUUGUCUAUCCUCUGGAAAAGCUUGGCAUAAACGCUCCAUCAAAGCAGGUCUCCAAGGAUCAGUUAAGCUAUGCUUUGAACCACAUAAAUCGAAAGCUGACGCUAGAGCCUAAAGUGUCUGUCAAUGCUAGAAUUGUGGUGGUUGGUGCAUCAAAUGUUGGAAUCUCCUUUCUAGAAACACUGAUUUUUUGUCCGCACCUGAAGUUUAACAAUCUGACCCUGAUUUCAACUCAUGGGCUUCCAGGAAAAAAUCCACCAGACUCUAAGAACAGAGGAUUUUUAAUUCACAGCCACUGUUUUAAUGAUAAAGAUUAUGCAUUGAUGUCACUUUGUUCCUGGGUUAAUGUUGUGGUUGGUAAAAUGACUGGCAUAGACCGAGCUGCCAAACAUGUAGUGGUUUCCAAAGGAAAAAAAGUGCCAUAUGACCACCUUGUUCUCUGUACUGGGCAGCAAUACCAGGUUCCAUGUCCCACUGGAGCAGAGAUCAGUAAACUUCAGACUAACAGGGAAGUCAUACACAGCUGUAAACGAAGAUAUACUGGUGAAGUUCCUACCAAUCUCUUUAAUCUCUCUGAUGAUCAAGACUGCUUAAAGGCAGGUCACUGGUUAAAAGAAAACUUUAUCAAUUCACAGGGGAAUGUCAUUGUCUAUGGGAAUACCAUUGACAUUUAUUCCACAGCACAAACCCUCCUAUCUCUUGGAAUUCAUGGUUCUCGCAUACACCUUGUGCAGCCACCACUUAGCUCAAAUGUAACUUGCCUUAACAACAACGCAAUCGAAAAAGCUGUUAAAGAGGCAUUGUCAGAGAAUGAUGUGUGUGUCUAUUAUGACAGUAUAUUGGCACAGUGGAAUGAAGGUGACCACCCAGAUCCUAUAACAUGUGCUUCUUUCACGACUAAUACAAGACCAUUUAAACUGCAAUGUACAGCAUUCUUUAACUUUUCCAACAAGGGAGUGGAUUAUGAAACCUUCAAGGCGAUUAAUGACGCGUGCCUUGUUUAUGAUGGAAGACUUGUGAUCGAUGCCAACUUCCAUACUAAUGACGUUACUAUCAGAGCGGCAGGACCUUUAACCAAGUUCUCCAAUAUAUAUUAUGCAAAUGAAUGGACACACAGCAAUUUCAGUUCAAAAGAGAUUGGUUUCCAGCUUGCUGCAGCUAUGCUGAAUCUCUUUGAUCCAACUCUUGAGCCAGUUUCUGAGCCACCAGAAGAUCUGGAUAGACUCAUCCCUAUGUACAGGGGAUGUAAAAUUCAAGGAGGUGUUCUACCCGGAGGUUAUAAUUACUUGCAUAUUUCCAAACCAGGAAUCCCUACACGCUUGGAUGUACAAAUUACACAACCUAAUUAUGGGAUGGAAAUCAUAACAGGGGCUGCAACAAAGGGGAAUUACUUCAGGAUACAUGUCAACCAAUACUGUAUGGUAGAAACCAUUACCUGCCUUUCAAAGGAGCCCUUCCCUGUCUCCAACUACAUUUGUUUGUUUGGCCAGCAUGAGCGGGUCCUUAACAAUCUUUGUUCUCGCUGGAAGGAGGGAUUGAUCAAAGAUCUUUAUAGCUAUUUCAGGGAACCUUGGUCCAUGGCCAUCUAUCACGAUCGGUUUAUUGAUCUUAAGAAAGAACUGCGCCAAAUCCUAAUAUCCAGCCAGGUGGAUGGCCUUCCAUCAUUGGAACAGUUGGUUCACCAGAUAGUGGAUGGCAAACUCAUUCUUGCUGAGAAACCAAAGAAAUACCUGAAAAGGUUCUUUCAGCAAAAUAUCUACAAGAGACGGGUGGAGGAAAGCAUUCUCAGUUAUCUGAACUACAAUAAUUACCAUCUGCCUAUGUAUGCAUGGCCAGGGAUUGUUUAGUUAGGAUUGGCUAAAGGAGGCUCGCUUUUCACUCCUGGUCCCUAGGGCCCCCUAACUACCAGCCCCUCUUAGGGAGCACUGAGCUGGCUUUCAGACGUAGGCUGCAUUCAGCCAGCAACAUGCAAUCUUCUCUUUCAAUUCUCCAGUAGGUGGAGCAGGACUUUGAUUUCCCAUUCCGCAAGAACCAGCCGGGCCAGGCCCAGCCAUUCCUAUGCAAAGCUGGCCUGGCUUUCAACAAUAAAAGCCCGCUCCUCCCA